UUGGCCAUAAAUUCAAGUUUAGCCUGCCAUUUCCCCGCUCCCUGCUCGAAGCUCUUGAAUGGACACCGUGUGGGCCAGCAGCUAUAGCUGAUAAACGCUGCUCCUCCUCCGCCGUAGCGCCGGCUGUGCCCUUGCCCCUGUCCUUCACUUGGAUCACAUAAUCUUGCUCUCUCUCUGACGCGAUAAGGCGGAGCACACAAGCACUUCGUCAUUGGAGAAGUUCACCUGCAUUUGCAACCAACAAUCAUGGCUGAACCCAUCGAGGUGCUGGUCUUUGGCUCGGCCAUCAUUGAUUUCAUAUGCUACACACCCCGCCUGCCAAAGCCCGGCGAAACGCUGCACGGCAAUAGCUUCCAGACCGGCUUCGGCGGCAAGGGUGCCAAUCAGUGUGUGGCUGCCGCACGCCAAGGAUCACGCACGGCUCUGGUGGCCAAGCUGGGAGCGGACAGCUUCGGCGGUGAUUACCUGCGCCAUCUGAUCGCCGAGGGUGUCAAUGUGGUGCACGUGCAACAGCUGGAGGGCCAGACAACGGGUGUGGCCCAGAUAGCCGUGUCCGAUGGCGGCGAGAACAAUAUUAUAAUCGUGGUGGGAGCAAACAAUUCUCUCAGUGCCACCGAUGUGAGCAAGGCCAAGUCCCUGUUCGACGAGGCCAAGGUGCUGGUAUGUCAACUGGAGACGCCCGUGCCGGCCACGGAGGCCGCCCUCAAGGAAUUCCGAGGUGUUUCCAUUUUGAAUGCAGCCCCGGCCAUGGAGAAUACGCCUCAGGUGCUACUCCAGCUGGCCAGCAUCUUCUGUGUGAACGAGACCGAGGCGGCGCUGAUGACGGGAAUGCCCAGCAUUCACUCUGUUGAAGAAGCCAAAGAAGCCGUUCGCAAGCUCGUAGAGAUGGGUGCCAACACGGUGAUCAUCACGCUGGGUAAGCUGGGCGCCGUUCUGGGCGACUCCAAGCAGUGUCUAGGCGAUUACCAGCACGUGCCUGCGCCCAAGGUGGCACCGGAAAAGGUGGUGGACACGACGGGAGCCGGCGAUGCCUUUAUUGGAGCGCUGGCCCACAACAUAGCACAGCAUCCGCAGGGUGAGCUAGCGGAGCAUGUAGCCGCCGCCUGUGUGGUAGCCUCGCAAUCCGUCCAGCUGCCCGGAACACAGGCCAGCUUUCCGCGACGCGCUUAGCCGAUGCCAACCAAGUACUUACUCUCCACCGCCAAGAGUGCAAUAAAUCUCUGUGUGACGUA